AUGUCUGGGACAGAGGCUACCAAUGCCCCGGGCGGGGGAAACAAUGCUAGCGAAUUUGUUCGCAAGCUAUUUCGAAUGCUCGAAGACCCGACACACCAGGAUGUAGCUCGUUGGGGGAAAGAUGGCGACUCAUUUGUCGUGGUUGAGGGCGAGAAAUUUACGAGAUCGAUAUUGCCGAAGCAUUUCAAGCACAGCAACAUGUCCAGCUUUAUCCGACAGCUUAACAAAUAUGACUUCCACAAGGUCAAGCCAUCUGCCGAUGGCGAAUCGGCUUCACCUAAUGGCAACAAUUUGGGUCACGACAUGCAGGUCCUAGAGUUCAAGCAUCCCUACUUCCGCGUCGAUAGCAAAGAUGACCUGGACAACAUUCGCCGGAAAGCGCCGGCCACACGGAAACCCCAGGUCGCCGAGGACUUCACCACCAGCCAGCACGUCAGCGUCGUGUCCGAGCAGCUGACCGCGACUCAGCAGCAAGUACAGCAGCUUCAAGAGCUGUUCGCCGACAUCUCUCAGACGAAUAGGCUUCUGGUCAACGAGGUCCUCACCCUGCAGAAGAUGCUCAAUGCCCAAAAGCAGGCGCAGUAUGAGAUGCUCAACUUCCUCUCUCCGUAUAACCAUAGCCGGACCAAUGGAAUGAUGGCCCACCAACUGAGCUCAAAUGGCGGCAUGUCUUCGUCGGAUGACAACGAAAACGUGCCAGAACUUACAAGAGCGCGAGAGCUGCUCUCUAGCGUCGCGCCCGAUACCGUGGCUGAUCGUGAGCUCGAGCGUCUGCACGACAUUUAUGAGUCCCCUGCCGACUCAGCAACCAUGGUUACCCCCGUAUCAAUGCCCAUGAUGCAUGACCCCAUGAAUGACAUUAGCCGCUAUCCCGUCUACCCCGUAGGCCAGACUGUCGGUAUCGAUCCCUUCCACUCGGAUCACAUCAAUAAGAUCCCAUAUGCCAUGCCAAACGAGAACAGUUCCGGGUCCCUGGAUCAGCAUCAGCAGCAUACGCCACAGCCUAAUCAGAUGAACAGUGCAACCGGGCCGUCACUGGCCAAGCCUGCACCUCUAUGGGGACCGAAGAAGCCAACAGUAUUCUUGGUAGAAGACGACGGCACGUGUGCGAAAAUCGGCAUCAAAUUCCUUAAAUCGAUGGGCUGUGAUGUCGAGCAUGCUAUCAACGGUGCAGAAGCAUAUAACAGAAUCAGCUCCGUUGGUCCUAAGCCCUUCACCAAAGAGGGAAUGCUCAAGUCUGUCAAGACACACCUCCAGCACCUUUUGAAGAACCCGCCCAGCCAGUCAGACAAUGGGCACGGAUCUGCCUUUGUGAUGAAUGUUCCUUAUCUGAGCACGUCGGGCAACCCCAUCAAGUUCGAAUCGCCAACUCCGCCUGCAGGUGCUGGUGGCUCGAAUUGGUCGUCUGGCCACAUGUCUCAAAAUGGUGUCGAUUCGGGCUUCGGGAUGAUGGAUGGGAGCAGCCAGUACAACAUGGCGCAAGGUAGAAACGCGUAUUCGACGAUGGACGCAUCCUCUGGCCGUUUGUCCGAUCAUGAUAGCCCGCCGGAGAAGCGCCAGCGCUUGAAUAAUUCGCAACGAACUUAUGCUUAA